CUUUUCCUGGAAGGUACUAGUUCUUUUACCUGUACAAUUCCUUCAGCUUCCUGCGGUCGUGGAGAAGAUGAAAAUGAGACACACCAACGACAGACACAACAAGCACCGCAGGCCUGUGCUGCAGGCGCGGCAGGCGAUGGGGCAUCGGGAAUUGAUGAGAGUGGAACACCACCAGGAGAGCGAGAGGACGAGGGGAUGGCAGACGAACUCUUUGCUGACUUGAAAUCUGUGGAUGUUCUGCCGGUCGCAGAGGUACAAGUCGCAGAGGACUCGACGUCGAUUCGUACGGUGUGCGUGAGAGCGAUGGUACACCAGGCCACCCUGGAUUUGGUCGAGGAUCUAGUGACCACGGCCAACAGCUUGGCCACAGACUGGUUUACCUUGAAGUGCGAUUCCAAACUUCGCCGCUACGCAAAAGAAGACCAGCAGAGCCUUCGCGCUGCCAUGGAGGCGAGCAAGCUUGAAGACGAAGAUGAG